UGAAACGUAACGAAUACAAACAGAGGUUAUCUAUCCAAACAAGGUAUGAACGGUAUUGGUCCGUUCUAAGAAGAAACCAAAAUGAGGCGUCACCCAGUCCUCAUAAAUCUCACCCUACCAAAUCUCCAUUCCAAACCCUAAAAAAACCACAAACACAUCAAAUUCAAACCAAACUUCCAACCUUUCAAUCAGAUUACACAUGGCAAAAGGAGAAGCAGGACCUCUAAAAUCACUCGUGGUGGUUAUCGGAGCCCUAGCGUUCGGCUGGGCCGCCAUUGAGCUUGCUUUCAAACCCUUGCUCGACAAGGCUCGAACCUCCAUGGACAAGUCUGACCCUACUCUUGACCCUGACGAUGUUGUUGCUGAUGCUAAGAAGGCGGUGGAUGAAGCCGUUGAUGACGUCACCGCUGCCGUUGCCGCUGCAUCCGCUGAAGUUGCGGAACCCUAAGUAUGUGUUUUUUUAUGUGUAACAAUUAAUAAUAAGUAAGCGUUAUUUGAUCUCUACAUGUGUCUGUCACUUUUGUUUGGUAUAGCUUCUGGAACGGAUCUGUUUGCGCUUAAAUUUGAUGAAUCUGUUUUUUUUUAGCCGAUUUUGAAACUUAA